UAAAUAAAGUUUGUACAUUUCUCAAUCACUACCUAAUGAACUAUUUAUUAAUACACCAUUUCGACAAUUUGACAAUGUCGCCCAAAUAUUGAACUGUGGACAUGUGUGAUUUUAUUGCUAACCUCACUUUUUCUGCCUUUGUUGUUGAAUGUUUGCAUGUUUUACAUUUUUUCACUUGAUUUCUCACUUAUUCUCGUUAAAAAUUUAACAUACAUUCCUGGAGGAAUGAAUAGCAUUGGAGAGGCGUGCAAUGAUCUCAAGAAGGAAUAUGAUGCUUGUUUCAAUGCUUGGUUUUCAGAACACUUUCUGAAGGGUAACACAAAUGAUUCAAUGUGCGCACCAUUAUUCAAAGUGUACCAGCAGUGUGUAAAGAAAGCUAUGAAAGAUCAAAAAAUAGAUCUGCAAGAAGUGAAUAAAGUUAUCUUAGGAACCGAAAAUGAAAAACAGCCACCUAAAGUAUCAUGACAGAGUUUUUCACUUCAAGAUAUUGACACCACUAAUAAAAAUAAAUCACCUUUUUCACAAGAGUUUUGACAAAUGAGAACCUACAUGCAACCAAUUAAUUACACAGUCGAUUCACAGUUGCUGUUAGAAUUAACAACACAAGCAAUACCAUUAUCUGAUUUUCAAUUUUUAAAGACAAAUAAGUAUGACAGUUGCCUAUAGAAUUUCAUUUGAAGAUUAAUAGAGGAAGGUAGUGUUAAUUUUGGACCAAAUAUAUUGUUAAUUUAUUAAUGUUUUAUUUGUACUACAAUAAAUGUUGAUG